AUUUUCUUCCCCUACGGCAUAUUCGUUCCUACGGAGGGUCGUUCCCAUAUAGCCUCACAUUUCAACAUGCCGUUUUGUUAGUUUAGUUGUAAUAAAAAAUAAAAUAUGACGGUAAUGUUUAAUGAAAUUUGCCUACCGUUUUGUUUAUUAUUUCUGUUACUGCACUGUUCUAACGUAUUGAGGGUUUUGUCGGUGUCAGCAGAAGAAAAUGAUGAGUCAAUGGAGCUCAUGCUGUCAGAGAAUAUGGUGUCAGACUUGGAAAACAGCCCCAAGUUUGUGGAGUCUGAGGACCUGGACUCUCUGCCGAAAAGGCAGUUUAAGACUGCUGAGAUCGCAGAUGCUGUGAUGGGGACCGAAACUCCAAUUGAUCCGUCUGACAUCAAAUCCCUUUAUCCCAAGAAUGUGAAGGACUUCCAGUCUGGCUUCUCUCCACCUUGUGAUGAGAACAGUGCUCAGUGUGAUUCACCAGCUCUGGCUGUUGAUGGAGCUUCGCUGGAGGAGCAGGGACCAGGGUCAUCACAGCAGGUCACCCUUGAAAUUGUGCAUGCAGACAACGCUCCAGCUGAGGAGCAAAAUACCACAGAGACCACUAAGACAUACAAGGUGAACUGUGAUAAGAGGAACAUCACAGGAAUAGACAAUUUCACUGUGCAGGUCCUCCAUGCUUCACAGGACCUGAUGGAGUUCCUCAAUGCUAACAGCACAGAGUGCUCUGUGGUGCUGUUCUUCACAGCCUGGUGUCAGUUCUCAGCCAACCUGGCACCUCACUUCAAUGCCCUGCCCCGUGUUUUUCCCAGCAUGCAUUUCUUAGCGCUGGAUGCUUCCCAGCACAGCAGCCUCUCCACAAGGUUUGGGACGGUAGCAGUUCCCAACAUCCUUUUGUUCCAGGGGGCCAAACCCAUGGCUCGCUUCAACCACACUGACAGAACACUGGAUACUCUCACCUCAUUCAUCACUAACCAGACAGGGUUUGAAGCUAGCCCUGACAGAAAUGUGACAGACGCAGAUCGCCUAGGGCCCCUCCCCAGCAUCCCUGUUAAGCGCAUUGACUGGCUGCUGGUUUUCUCCAUUCUCUUCAUCACUGGCUUCACUCUGUACGCCAUCCUGCGGGCCGACAGCAUCCGUUGGCUCAUACCUGGACAGGAGCAUGAGCAUCAGGAAUGAAAAUACACAGACUAAAAGUCAAGAAGAAUGUGAAUUUUUUUUUUUUUUGGGAAGUUGUAAUUUACUUAUGCUUUAGGUGUUUUUCUGAAAUAAAAUAUUGAGCUGUUGUGAUUUA